UCCGCGAGUGGGAGAAACCAACCCAGACCACCUCAGAGUCGGCGUUCUCUCGUGCUGCUUACCGGGCCGAGGAAGUACGCAGCUCUCCCCACUCCCGGGAUCCCCUCCUAGGUAGGUACCGAGAGCAAACGCCAGAGGGCUCCGACCGCGGCCCUGCACUGCCCGCGACGACCCAUUACCCGGCCCCUGCUCGCGCGUCCCCCUCCCCGGCCCGGCGCGGUGGUAGGGCCCGGCGGCGACGUCACCCAUUGUUUACAAAUCAACCCGAGCCGGUAGGAUUCCGGCUCCCGCGGCUGCAGGCGCGCGGCGCGAGUGCCUGGCGGGCUCUCGCUUCCGCGUCCGCCCGGGACCCCCGCCCCCGCCCCCGCUUCGGCCUCAGCCCCGCGCCCCGCGCCCCGCUCCGCCGCGGCCCACCGAGCCCCGCCGGCCGCCGAGCCGCCAGCGCCGGCCGCAGAGCUCCGGGUGCCCGGGCGGGGGGCCAUGCCGUGCCGGAGGGAGGAGGAAGAGGAAGCCGGCGAGGAAGCGGAGGGGGAGGCAGAGGAGGAGGAGGAGGAGGACAGCUUCCUCCUGCUGGAGCAGUCGGUGACGCUGGGCGGCUCGGGCGAGGUGGACCUGCUGGUGGCCCAGAUCGGCGAGACGCUGCAGCUGGACGCGGCGCAGGACAGCCCGGCCUCCCCGUGCGCGCCCCCGGGGCCGCCGCUGCAGCCCCCGCGGCCCCCGGCGGCCGUGCGGGCGGACAAGGCCCGGCCCCCGGCGCUGCCGCUGCUUCUGCCGCCGGCGCCGGCCGAGGCGGUGGGCCCGGCGCCCCCGGGGGCCCUGCGCUGCGCCCUCGGGGACCGCGGCCGCGUGCGGGGCCGGGCUGCGCCCUACUUCGUGGCCGAGCUCGCCGCAGGCCCCAGCACUCUGCCCGGGCCGUGCCGGCGAGGUUGGCUGCGGGGCGCCGUUGCCUCCCGCCGCCUGCAACAGCGACGGUGGCCCCCAGCCGGGACGCGCGCCCGCGACGACGACCCGCACCGGCUCCUGCAGCAGCUCGUGCUCUCGGGGAACCUCAUCAAGGAGGCGGUGCGGAGGCUUCAGCGAGCCGUCGCCGCUGUGGCAGCCACGAGCCCCGCGGGCGCCUCUGGGCCCGGAGGCGGCUGCAGCGGACCGGACCCUGUCGCCCUGCAGCCCUCCGGCGCCUUGCACUGACCCCGGGCCCCAGGAGGAGCGAGGACGCCGCUGCGCAGACCCAACAGCGUCCUGCCCUCCCCAACCCAGAGCUGAAGCCGCCGUCGCCGUCCUGGGAGCGACCGCCCAGGCUGCGGGGAGACGCGUGGGGAGAGACCUCGAGGCGAGAACUUACCGGUCCCAGCGAGGCUGUCGGAGAACAAGAGCGUGGAGAAAUGCACGGGCCAGGGCGCAAACGUGCCGCGUGAGAAUUUCCCCGGCCACCUCGGGGCCAAGGACCUGGGAUAAACUGGGAGAACUGUGGCAGCUACUUGCAUCGACUUGUACCUGAUUUAACCCUUGGGGGCGUCGUGUGCUUCGAUUGUUUAAAGAUUGGGCUCCAAGGGGCGGGUAUCGCCAGGGCUUUAUAACAAUACUUGAAAACUAAUGAUACGCAUACAUUUUAUUUUCCGGUGGAAGAGCUUAGUGAAAAUGGUGCUACAUUGGCUGUGCAAAGAAAUUCCGGAGGGAAGAAGAAUGUAAAAGCUUGCUGGUGGGUGGGUUGCCAUCACCCCCUUCUUCCCACCUAAUUGGUGUUUGGUGGCUGUGGGAGAUGGAGCUCCUGUUUAGUGGGUUAGAGGGAGGUGGAGAAUUUUGAAGGUGGGUAGGGUUGGAGUUGAAUGUGGACUUUUAACUGACUUGACCUUGCCACCUGUGGGUGAAGGUCACAGUGUGCUGUGUAAAAGGCUGUGGGGUUCCUGGGACAGCUAGAUUCGCCCUUUUGUCUUUUCUUUCUCUUGCUCCAGGAAGAGCGCAGUCUGUGCUUUGCCUACCUCUUGGAGUCCGCUGAGGACACACAGAGGCAGAGAGGGACAAAUGGGGAGAGUGAUUUUGUUUUUUUUCCUGUGCUUUCCUCUUCCCAGAACUCCUCCUCCUCCUCCUCUCUCGGGGCCACUCUUGGCCAUGCCAUGAGCUUUCUCAGAAAGUCCUAAAUGGUCUCCCGGGUCCUCUCAGCCAGACUUUCUUAUUCCACCCUUCCUGGUGUUUGCACGGGAGAGAUGAGACCCCGGCGGGUUUUCUGCUCUGUUCUGGCCGUCUGUGGAGCCGUGGGCCUGAGCCUUUGUGGGCCCUCAUCCCUCACAGUUCCCUCCUGUCACCAGCUCUUCUUGUGAGUGACUGAAACCGUGUUUAAAAUGUGACUCUCCGAGAGGAGAACCCACUGGCUUUACCCUUGUGAAACUUGACGGCACUUUAAGUGAAGUGCCACCCCCAAAAUUAAGGUAGCUAAACCAGUUUUAAAAAACAGAUUCAAUGGCUUGUUCAUCCUCCAGAUGUAGCUAUUGACGUACACUUCGCACCGGAGUGUCAGAAAUCGUGGUGGUCCUGAUUUAUAGGAUUUCUUAAUUAAAAUGUCUGCUGAAUAAAUUUGGUUUUUGUUUUGGA